AGCAAAAUCAGAGCAAAAUCAUUGCAAAAGGAAGAAGAAGAACAGACGCCGGACUGGGGGUGGGGGUGGAACAGCUGUUCGUCUGAAACGGCAUCUGGACACCGGCGUCUUCAGGAUUCUGGCGUCUGGUGCGAUGGAAAGACCGUGGAGAACGUGCGGGAGCCGUGGGUAAUGGGGCCUGCUCCACCGCCUGUACCUGUGCCUGCCGCCUUCCUGGUGUUCUCUCGACCGAGUACAGCGACGGGAACGGAACCACGACGACGAGCGAUACCCUUCAAGGAUGUGGGCGAUGCGCACGCCCUGGACGUGUCGGUGGCGGAGAGGCGCAUCUACUGGACUCAAUGGCUCCUAUGUGCAGCGGAUCGUGGACUCGGGUCUGAUUGGGCCGGACGGCAUCCGAUGGUCCGAUGCGGAGGUUCGUCUCAUCGAGGUCGCCCGCCUGGAUGGCAGCAGUCGGCCCCGGUCCCUGGUCCUCGAGCCGCGCCGCGGCUACAUGUACUGGACAGAGUCGCCUUCGGACUCCAUACGGCGUGCCACGAUGGACGGAUCCGAGCUGCAAACCAUCGCGGCGGGAGCCAACUAUGCGGCCGGGCUCACAUUCGACCAGGAGACUGGGAUGGUAAGAAGCACCCGAUACUGGUUUGCAGCGACACCGAUGAGCCGUACGCGGUUUCCCUGUAUCAGGACUACGUGUACUGGAGCGACUGGAACACCGGCGACAGUGACCUGGUGCAACGACCCAUUAUUAUGCCAAUCAAACACACAAAAAAGGGAAAGCGAAAGUACCGCCAAAGGGGUUCCGCCCACAACAGCAGCAGGGGUCUAACAAUCUUCAAAUUGUUGCAAUUGACCCCCAGAUCUGCCGGCAGAUCUGUGGGUGGAAGACGCAGACACAGACCGACCUGACUGACACUUAUCACCUCCCUCUCACAGUAAACGUGACUGCAGCCAGUGGCAGAAGCGAAUGAAAACAAAUAAUCAUGCCAGGCCAGACAGGGCAGGAGAAUGUUGAGGGGAGGAGAGGAGAGCUGCAGGG